CGCGGUCGGGCCGGGAGCUGCGGCGCCGGAGCGGGGCAGGUGCGGGAGCAGGCAGGGGAGCCGGCAGCGGCCCCGGGCCCUAUGGUGCCGGGCGGGACCCGGACCCCGCUCCCCGCCUUCCAACGGGGCCCGCGGAGCGCCUUCGGACGGGCACUGGGCGGGCAUGAGGACGCUGCCGAUCCUCCUGCUCUCGCUCUGCUGGAGCCUGCCCCGGGUGAAUGGUGUCCAUCCAGAAUGCAGAUUUCAGCUGGAGAUUCACAAGGAGGAAACCAGGUGCAUGGAACUUCUAAAGAAUGCAAAGCCAAUGGACUACAAGGGAUGUGUUGGAGUUUGGGAUAACAUCACCUGCUGGCGUCCUGCAAAGAUUGGAGAGACUGUCACUGUCCCUUGUCCAAAAGUUUUCAGCCUUUUUUCUGGAAAACCAGGAAACAUUAGCAAAAAUUGUACAAGUAAUGGGUGGUCGGAUAUAUUUCCUGACAUCUUAAGCACUUGUGGAUAUAAUGACUACGAAGACGAUUAUAAGGUCAACUUCUAUGUGAGGGUGAAAGCAAUUUAUACUCUUGGACACAGCGUAUCUCUGAUUGCUCUUACAACAGGAAGUAUAAUUCUUUGCCUUUUCAGGAAACUUCAUUGUACUCGGAACUACAUCCAUCUGAACCUGUUCCUCUCUUUCAUUCUAAGAGCAAUCUCUGUUUUAGUCAAGGAUGAUAUUCUUUAUUCCAGCUCCAACACAGCUCACUGUCCAGAGGAUCAAACCUCAUGGGUGGGCUGCAAGGCAAUUCUGGUGUUUUUUCAGUACGGUGUUAUGGCAAACUUUUACUGGCUCUUGGUAGAAGGACUUUACCUCCACAUCCUCCUUGUGCUAAUAUUCUCCCCCAACAGACACUUCACGAUCUACCUGCUGAUAGGAUGGGGAAUUCCUACAAUAUUCAUUAUUACAUGGACAGUGACACGGAUCAUUCUAGAGGACACUGGCUGCUGGGAUACAAAUGAGCAUGGUGGUCCCUGGUGGGUUAUACGAAUACCAAUUUUAAUUUCUAUUAUAGUGAAUUUUAUACUUUUCAUUAGCAUUAUAAGAAUCUUACUGCAGAAGUUAAGAUCUCCAGAUGUUGGAGGAAAUGACCAGUCACAAUACAAGAGACUUGCAAAAUCCACCUUGCUGCUGAUUCCUUUAUUUGGAGUUCACUACACAGUGUUUGCUCUGUUUCCUGACCGCAGUUCCAACAAUUAUAAAAUAAUCUUUGAGUUGUGUUUGGGAUCUUUUCAGGGGUUGAUUGUUGCAGUCCUGUAUUGUUUUUUGAACAGUGAAGUGCAGGGGGAGCUGAAAAGAAAGUGGCGGAGUUUGUGCUGGAAGCAGACAGCAGGCAGAGACUACAGACUCCACAGCUCAUCCAUUUCCCGAAACGGAUCAGAAAGUGUUUCCCAGCUCCACAGGAAUUCAAGAGCUCACUCCUUUAUGCAGACAGAGACCACCAUGAUAUAAAUGAGCUAGGUCCCCCCAAAACAUGAAAAACUGUGGGAUAUAUCAUUCAUUAUGCAGCUUGAUGUGAUAUUUUAUAACAUGUACAGUUUAGUGCUUUGCUUUUCUACAUGUUGGUACUUGGGGAAUUGGUUUGUGCAGCCAAGCUAUUAUUAAUGGAGAAGCCUGCCCCAUGGAUGCUUUCUGUUUUGUUCAAAUUGUAUUCAUAUUAAUUCUGGUGUUCUCUUGCAGUUUACUAGCUAUAACAAUUCAAAAAUUCAUUUUCCAUAAAGGUCCCUUUACCUUCCAAAAUGGCUAUAAGAUCCAUGCAGGGUAUCCUACUCAAUGCAGAUUUCUUUGGCACAUGUAAAGGGUUAAGAUGGGAAGAAAAUUUCUUACACUUUAUUUAUACUUAAGGAAACAUUGCCUUAAGGAUUAGGAAAUUCUUUUCUAAUUAUGGAAAAUAAAAAAUAAGACAAAACCAAGACCAUAAUUAACCACACUGGGAGUUCAGUGUGCUAAUCCAGGAAAUCAUUAACAUGAUUUACAAGAGAGGGAAAAAGGUAGUACUUCUAGGCUAAUGGUACACAUUUCAGAGAUUACUUUCUACAGAGUUUGAUUCCAAUCCUAUUGUUACUUUCAAAAGUGCCUGGUUUGAUGUUUGGGUGCAGAGUGUAGGGCUAUUUUACAGGCCAUACAGAAAAAACUGACAUAUUACUUCUGAAUAUAGUAGUUCUCAGUUGUUCUCUUCUGUUUCAAGUCAGAGAUUUGUGUUGAUCUUUCAUGAAGGAGUUUUCUGAAGAGGUAUGUUCUAUUGCUAAAGCAGCCUGGCAAAGGAUGAAAAACAGCCUUGGAUAGCUCAUUACACAUGGAAAAUACCAUUUUUUACAGUAUUAUCAUUGAACUCUGUCUCUAGCAACUACAUAUUUGACUGCAAAACACAAGGAAUAUUGCAGUGAAGUUGCAACUCAGAUUUAACAAAAAAUUUAAAAGGUUUAGGUUUAUUCAGUUCUGUAUCUAUCUGUUUAAAAUUUAGUCCUGACUGUGGCUCCAGGAAAAAAAAAAAAUUAGAAUCCCUAAAAAUUACCAUAAAAGGCAUAAAGAAGGAAUUUUCAAUAAUGUCAAGCCUCUUAUGUAGCCUUGUUUAAAAAAAAAAAAAAAAGGCAGAGAACUGACAGUCUUAUAAAAAUAUACAUAACAUUUCCUCUCUUUAAAAGAAAUAAACCCAGUCAUGUUCUUUUCCCAUGUCAAUGUUUAACCAUGUCCACCCUACAUUACAAGUGGAAGUAAUAUGUAUUUGCAUGAGUACCUCCACACCAACCAUUGCCCUCAUAUUUCAGAUAACAGAUUUUAUGGAGCCAGCAGAAUCCAAGGUCCCUACUCUUGUCAGAUAAAGGGAAGAGCAGCAGCAAGGGCAUCCCUUGGCAGGCAUAUUUGUACAUCCUUGAAAAUAUUACCAGUACUGGGAAUAUUGUCAGCAGCUGUCUAAGUGUGUUACAACUCUUGGUGUGAUUUAAUCCAGCUAUUUAUCAGUCAAACACAAUUUGUUUUAAUGGGAUUGUCAUGGAGUAACACAAAGUUUUGUCAGACCAAAGAUAGAAAGAACCCAUGGUUCACAUGACUGCUGCAGAACCUCGUGAAUAUUACAUGACACCAGCAGGUAUCAUUUGAGUUAAACAAUAAUCAUUCAAAGAAUUGUUACUUACAAAAAUUGAAUUUAAAGGAGCUAUUGAUCACUUUCAGAUUAUUCAUAGUGUUUUCUGUUUGGCAAAGUAACUGUGAGAUUCUGGGUGGAAGUUGGGGGCCCAAGAACAUUCCCAUGGGGUCUGAAGAUGUGCCCCUACACAUGAAUUUAAACUCAAUAUAUUCCCAAAGACUUUAGACUGAGGAAACUGCUAAAAUUUAGUAUGUUUCCUGGAUCUCUUGAGAAACUUGUCACAAGCUCUUAACUACAAAUAUGUGAAGACCCACUGGAGCUUUGGGAGAUGCUUUUACACCUAAAUUAAACACAUCUGUGCACAUUAGGAUUCUUUGUCUGCAGUGGCACUGGGACUGCUCAGUUCCCUGAGAUGAGACGUGCAGGAUGUUCUUUUUUCCCCUUAAUUUCUGGUGUAGAAAGGCACACGUGACAAGCAUUCAAGUGUGCUCAUCUUUGUGCUCAAAUGAGGUUAUGUGAGCGAGUUGACACACAGACAGAAUGAUAGCACAGAAAUAGAUGUUUCAGGCAAUCAUUUCCAUCAGUCUGUUCUGCAUGAUGCAUCACCAAUUAUAUGUGUUUAUAACACAUUGUAUCUUAGAGAAAACUGUCUUUGUUCUAAUUAGGUGAGCAUGAAAAAAAAUCUGCAUUUUAAUUAUUUCUGGGUUAUAAAAAAGAAAAGCCUUAAUAAGAAAAUACAUUUUAUACUGCAA